CUUGUCUCGCACUGGUCAGCGAAGGCCCUGCUUGGCUUGAACGUCUAAACGUUGUCCGUACGUAGUCCAAGACAUGACUCGCACAGGCUUCAUCACAUUGAGACGUCAUGCGCUUCCCGAAGCCGACCAUCAAACUGCUGGUGCCGAUGCAAGACGCGUUCCUCCGGCGCUGAUCGACACGACUACUUGAGAGCUCCGUGUGAAAAACUGGCGCUCGCACCCACAAUUUUCGUCCGCCAUGCAAACCUUGACCAGCCGCAGCAUCCUUCGCGCCCCGGUUUCUAGAGGUCAUCUUGCGACCCACAUUCCCCGACGCAUCGCACGGCGGACGUUCCUGACGAUAAUUGAGCAGGGCAAGGAGGGAUGGCGGCUCAGCCUUGGCCGUAACCCCGUGCGCCUCACCCCAGGAUUGAAUAUCAAUAUCCCGAUCUACCACUCUGUGCAAAAGAUAGACUUGCGGGAAUCCUCCAUUCUCAUACCAAACCUGCCUGGGUACACGGCCGACAAUGUCCCAGUGACGUGCUCGGGGUCACUGUUUUACCGCAUUGUGGACGGAUACAAAGCCUGUUUCUCGGUCAGCGAUGUGCAGAACAACAUCCGGAAUACAGGAACGUCGGCGGUGCGUUCUGUAUUGGGGCAUUUUACCUACGAUCAGGUGAUCAGUGACCGAAACGAGUUGAACAAGAGACUGAACACGGUCAUUGGAAACUCUAUCGUGAAUUGGGGAGUGGAGUGUACUCGUUUCGAAAUCCAGUCUUUCCAACCAGCCAAUCGAGAAGUGGAGCGCCAAUUGGAGCUCCAGAUGGAAGCGGAGCGUAAUCGUCGCAAGCAACUAUUAGACACUCAGGCGAACAUCAAUAUUGCAGAAGGUCAAAAGCAGCGCGUCAUCUUAGAAAGCGAAGGUCAUUUGGCAGCUAAGGCCAACGAAGCUGACGCUGCUUACAAAACUGUGGUGCGCGAGGCGGAGGCCAGACAACAGCAGGCCGUGAUGGAGGCUUCCGCGCUGGCCCGCCAGAUCGAGUCCCUCUCGGAAGCCAUUGCCAGUCCUGGCAGUGCGCCCGGGCCCUCAGAACGCAAGCAAGCGCUCGAAACCCUCGUAGAGCUGCGGCGUCUCGAACAACUGCGUGCCAUUGCCAAGGGCCAGGGCAACUCGACUUAUUUCUUCGGAGAUCGCUCCUCUCUGGGGAUGGGCGGGUCGGCAACCGAAGCGUAUAAUCUGGACUACGCUGAACAGAUCAAGAAUGGGCUUCCCAAACCUGCGAAGCCAAUGGUCGGAUCCGUGGUCGUGUCUGCUUGAGAUUUCGAUCUGAGCACAAUUCCCCAAAUAUGUAUCGAUAAAUAACCCCACUUCUAUGUAUCCAGUUGUACUACCAAUGAUUGCACUAGUGCUUUUCCGUCUCGAC